GGACCAGUGGAACUCAUAUGCGCCCUAUACACAACACGCACUUCUGUACUGGCUUGCUGCUUUAGAAUAUUUCGUUUUCGUUUAAGAGGAUUUUUAGCUCGAUCAAUGACUUCUGAAUCAGAACCACCACAGAAAAAGAUGUGUUUGAACGGGGAAAAAGUUAAAAUCGGAACACAUAACGGCACUUUUCACUGCGAUGAAGUGUUGGCGUGUUAUCUGUUGAAAUUACUGCCAAAGUAUAAGGACGCUGAGAUAGUUCGAACAAGAGACACAGAAAUCCUAAAUAAUUGUGAUAUAGUUGUUGAUGUUGGUGGUGUGUAUGAUCACGAUAAAAACAGAUACGACCAUCAUCAAAGAUCAUUCUCUGGCACCAUGAACUCCAUACGACCAGAUAAACCAUGGAAAACUAAACUAAGCAGCGCUGGGCUUGUGUAUUGUCAUUACGGGGAAGAAAUAUUGAAGUUAUUGCUUGGAGAGGAGGGGAGUGAUGAAAAGAUUGUUUCUGUUAUUUAUGAUAAAGUUUAUGAGAAAUUUGUCCAUGAAAUUGAUGCGAUUGAUAAUGGUGUGGAUCAGUUUGAUGGGGAAGCACGAUACCAUAUUUCAACCAAUAUUAGUAGCAGAGUUGGCCACCUUAAUCCAUCGUGGAAUGAAAAAAGAAAAAAUGAAAAUAAAUCGUUUGAAGUUGCCAUGGCAAUGGUUGGUAAGGAAUUUGAGGAUCGUAUCCAUGGUUACGUGACGUCAUGGUUACCAGCGAGAGAUAUCGUGGUGAAAGCAAUCAAACAGCGCCAUCAGAUAUCAGACCAAGGUCAAAUCCUUUUGUUGGAUCAAUACUGUCCGUGGAAGGAACAUUUAUUUACAUUGGAAGAUGAAGAGUUCGUCCCCAAUGGUGAAAUCAAAUAUGUUCUCUAUGAGGAUAAUGCUCAAAAAUGGAGGAUACAAUGCGUCCCUGCUGGCCGAAAUACUUUCGAAAAUCGUUUAUCAAUCCUUGCUGAAUGGAGGGGAUUGCGGGACGAAGAGUUAUCGAAACUUAGUGGGAUCCCUGGAUGUGUGUUUGUACAUGCAAGUGGAUUUAUAGGCGGCAAUGCAACAAGAGAUGGGGUUCUUCAGAUGGCAAUGAAGUGUUUGGAAGGAAACAUGGAGAAGUGAACGUUUUAAACAACUUUAUACACAAUGCUGCUCUUGAUGUAGUUUGCGUUAAUUUUCGUAGAAAAAUAAAUUCAAUGCUGACAAUGCAUUAACUAGU